AUGGCCGCGAGAACCAUUAUCAUCGACCACGGGUCUGGCUUUCUGAAGGCUGGCUUGUCUGGGUGGAAUGAACCCCAGAUGGUGUUCCCAAGCAUCGUGAACUACGUCCCGUGCAGGGAGAAUCCUGGCCCCAGCUAUGCCCAGAGGCGCGUGAGUCUAGGCAUCGACAUUUGCCAUCCUGAUACUUUUAGCUACCCCAUCCAGCGUGGCCGUAUCCUCAACUGGGAGGGCGUGGAGCACAUCUGGUCGUUUGUGCUGGAGAGACACAGACGGGAGCAUGAGGAUUUCCCUGUGAUGGUCACAGAGUCCCCUCUGAAAGAGCCUGCGGACCGACGGAAGACCCUGGAGAUUAUGUUUGAGUUACAGGAUGUGCCGUCCAUCCUGCUGGCCGACCAGCUGGAGAUGUCCCUGUACGCCUCCGGCCUCCUGACCGGCGUGGUCGUGGAUUCUGGCUACGGCCUGACCCGCGUGCAGCCCUUCCACCUGGGCCGCCCCUUGCGGUCCUGCGGCAAGACGCUGGAGUUCGCGGGCCAGGAUCUGUCGGCCUAUCUCUUCAAAAGCCUCUUCAAGGAGGAUUGUAAUCGCCACAACCUGUUCCAGUUGGAGACGGUGGCCACCACCCAGAUGAGCAAGUGCUACGUGCCCCAGAAUCUGGCAGAGGCCCUGGACUUCCGCCAGAGCCUGCCGAGCGGCUCGGAUGAAAACAACACCUACCAGCUUCCCGACGGUACCCCAGUGGAGCUGACCCCCAUGCAGCGACUGGCCCCCGAGAUGUUCUUCAGCCCCCAGGUGUUCGACCUACAAGGGCCCGGCAUCUCCCAGGCCGUGGUGGAGGCCAUCCUGGCCUGCGAGGCGGCCGUGCACCCGCUGCUCACCUCCCACGUGAUGGCCUGCGGGGGCAACACCCUGUACCCCGGCUUCACCAAGCGCCUGUACAAGGAGCUGAUUGCAGAGCAUUUCUCCUCCACCAAGGCCACCAUGUGGGUGGGUUCCAACAGGAACUUCAGCGUCUGGCUUGGAGCGUCCGUUGUGGCCCAUCUGUCUUCCUACAAGUCCGAGUGGAUGACCAAAGAGGAGUACGAAGAGAGUCAGAGGCUGUGA